AUGGCGUUUGUUUUGCCAGUGCCUUGCAACAAGAAAACAAAGCACGAUGCCCCUGCCGGACAAGACCAAGAGAGUUCAUCUGAUACAUCUGAUAGUUCAUCUGAUACACCCAAACAGUCAGGAAACAAGAAAAGGAGUAGAGCAGGACAGAGUAGUUUGAAACGAUCCAGAUUCAGGAGUCCAGAGAUAGAUACGUUGAUCGAGAUACAAGAGCCAGGAGAUACUGAAACAAUCAUUCACUACAAGUGCAACAACUUCUACUUAAUCCAAAGGCCUUUGACUUUGGGUGACAGUACGGGAAACGCAUAUAACUACGACGUGUCAGCCAAAUUCUACGGAAUAAAAGAAGGGAGAAGAGACGAAGGUCAAACACGGAGUUUGCUAGAAAUAAUCCGAAAGCUUGUUGAGGCAAAGGAGCCUGAAGUGACGUCUCUAAAAGAUAUCUGCAGAGAGUGUGAUGCAGCGACUAUUGGCGUCGAGAAGGGAUGCGUUAAGGUCACCUUCCGUUUCAACAGUAAGGAAGGCCUGCAGAGAUUCUGGGCCAAGUACUCAAGCGGGGAGCUUCAGCAACGUCUCAAGGCGGACUUGCCCAUCGGAAAGGUGGAGAUGUCGGCAGAUGAUUAUGCGAGCGGCUGUGAAUUCUUUGAAGAGUCAGGGAAUCGGAGUCAAAAAGCACAAGAAAGCAACGAGCCUGACUUGGCUGCCAGUUUGGAUACUGUGGAGUAUUACAUAGCUGAAUAUGUUCGUCAUCGGAAAGCAACAUUAAAGCUUCUCCGUGCCUUUGGCAAUCCCUGGAAAAAAAUUGCAAAGGUAAGAAUGUGUGACGAAACAUCCAAGUCAUGCAUAGGCUUAAAACAAAGCGAGUCUCCGUCCUCAGUCAAAGCUCUGCAAAUACGUUGUAGCUAA